AUGAAGUCUCUCCGAUUCAUUAGCGCCGAAGCAUUCGUGUCAAAUGCAGAGUUUGCCAGGAAGAGUCUCGGAGCUGUUACUCAUGAUCUUUUUCCGCUUCUUUUCAAAGCUAGCUAUUUACUGGAGCAAGGGGAAGUGAUUCACGACUUGGUAGAGAACUGGCCACUUUUUGAUUUUAACAUGGGAAAACUUUUGGGAGCUACUCUGGACUAUGAGGAAGACCUAAGCCAUAGAACAUGCUCAGUGUGCUUGGAAAGCUGUCUGACAGGGCUGAGAGACUAUGUGCUGAAUCAGUCUUCUCCCUACAUGAAAAAGUUGAAAGUGGUCGACCUGACGGGUAUAAAAGAUGUUGAAGUUCAAUUUUGUAAGUGCAAGAAGACAAUGGGCAGGUGGACCAGGACACAGCUGCUCUCUAAGCUUUGUUCAGACCUCCUGGUUUACCUGCAACAAGCAGAGUGCAGUCCAGGUACCUUUGAAGUCAGUAUCAAUGUACUAAUUGACUUGUUUGUUACAGAGCGGAACUAUGAGCUGGUUGUGCAGGCCCUGUUGAAGAAAUGCAGCUGUCCACUGAAAAUCUGCUGUGUGGCAUUCAGAUCUGACAACCUGACCCUGCAGAAAUUCUUCUAUAUCAUAAAGCUCACUGAUCCCUCCUUGUUGCUCAAACUGGAAAUAGUUCAUAAUGUUCACUUGGAAAUGGAACACUUGGAAAUGCUCUUCAACUGUAUCCACUUCCCUCUGUUGAUGUCCUUGACCUUGCCAGCACGAACAUUUAAUGUGCGGAGGUUCACAGCUAUGGACGAACAGAUGCUUACUAAAAUUGGCGAGAAGAUGGGUGAAAUGACACAGCUUACUGAGCUGAGUAUGUCAUUUUCUAUACUCACUGGAAGAAUACAGAAACUUCUCAGCCCACUAAAAACUCCACUGAAGAUGCUGGAUGUUUCUAACUGCUCCUUGAACCAUGCUGAUAUGGCCUUUUUAGCCAAUAGCUUCCAUGCCAAUCACUUGGAAGCCCUGGACCUGAGUGGUCACGAUAUACCUGAGCUUUACCCAUCAACAUUCUUUAAGCUCCUCAGCCAUUGCUCUUCAGUGCUCAGGAGUCUUACUCUGGAGGACUGUAAUAUCCAAGACACUCAUGUCAACAUGUUGAUUUUAGGUUUAAGCCCUUGUCAGAAACUACAGGAGCUUAAGUUUAUUGGAAACCCACUGUCAUCCCAAGCACUUAAACACCUUUUCACAUUUCUCUGUGAAUUGCCAAUGCUGAAAAAUGUGGAGUUCCCCGUUCCAAAGGAUUGCUACCCUAUUGGCAUCACCUACCCCAUUGAUGAUGCCAGUGUUUGCAGAUUUGAUCACCAAAAAUAUGAAAGGGUAGCAGAGGAGCUUAAUCUCAUUUUACUCCAAGCAAAUAGAGAUGAUGUGAAGGCUUCAACGCCACUCUUUGGGAGUUAUGAUGCAGCUGUUCAGGAGACAAACAAUGAACUGGGAGCUUACUUGAUCAAGUCCUUCAAAGAGACUUUAGAGAAGUUCACUUCUUCAUUUAACAAAAUUAAUUAA